AUGGCUCCCAAAAUCGCUAUUGUUUAUUACUCCACCUAUGGCCACAUUCGCCAGCUUGCCGAGGCCGAAAAAGCUGGCAUUGAGAGCGUCGGUGGUACAGCCGACAUUUUCCAAAUUCCCGAAACUCUUUCUGCCGAUGUUCUUGCAAAGAUGCAUGCGCCUCCCAAGCCCACCGACAUCCCGAUACUCAGCGAUCCCUCGGUCCUCGAAUCAUAUGACGGUUUCUUGUUCGGAAUUCCUACGCGCUUUGGCAAUUUCCCAGCUCAAUGGAAGGCCUUUUGGGAUAGCACAGGCAAGCAAUGGUCUAGCGGUGGUUAUAUGGGAAAAGCAGCUGGCCUUUUCAUAUCGACUGCCUCACAGGGCGGCGGCCAGGAAGUCACAGCGCAGAACGCCAUGUCUACCCUCGUACACCAUGGCAUUAUCUACGUCCCUCUGGGCUACGCAAAGACAUUCGGCCAGCUUACAAACUUGAACGAAGUGCACGGUGGUAGUCCGUGGGGUGCUGGCACCUUGGCCGGCGCUGAUGGUUCGCGUCAACCUUCAUCCUUGGAGCUUGAGAUCGCGCGGAUUCAGGGAGAGACUUUUUACUUAUUCGUCGACAAGGCCAGCAAAGUGCGGAACGGCCGUCGGGCACAACAAGCAGAUCCUUCUCUCCCAGCAGCCAAGACAAGGCAAAGGGCCCACAGCAUUGACGAGGUCGAGGACGGUGCUGGAGGAGCUUGCGGACUUCCUACGAAAUUUGUUGUUCAAUAG